CCCUACCAGAUGCGCACGACAGCCACAAUGUUCAAUCUAACCAAUGAUACCUUAAACAUUACACACGAUGAAAGGAAAUUGUAUUUGUCAGUGUUACAGCAAGAGUCAACCAUUGCCUUUAUUCCAACGUUUGUGUAUUUAGGACUCUUGGCCGUGGUUGGUAUUCCAGGCAAUAGUUUGGUCCUCAUUAUUUAUCUGACCAAGAUGACAAUGAAACCUUUAAGUAUUUUUAUUCUUAGCAUGGCUGCCAUUGACCUUAUUACCUGCUUAUUGAUUUUACCAGGCGAAACAUAUCGCCUGCUUCAUAUAUGGGAUUUUACUGAGCCUAUCGCGUGCCAGAUUUACAUGGCCUUAUGUGCCCGAUUCGUGAUAUCAUCUGGCCUCAUGUUGGUUGCUAUAGCAAUUAUCAGGUACAUGAAGAUAUGCCAUUCUCUUAAAAAGCAAGUGACCUUAACCCAAACUAAAUGUAUCUGCUCUUUCAAUAUCUUCAUUGCGUUAGUGUUCUCAGUACCCCACGGAAUUCUGCAAGGAAAACACAGCAGAAAGACACAAAAUCCAAACAUUGUCGGUUAUUAUUGUCAAGUGGACGACAGCUUCGUUCCAACCAUAUGGCCGAAAUUAAACUCGGCUUCUUUAUUUCUUUUGUUUUUCGUAACAAGUUCCAUAAUUGCAUUUUGCUAUGUACGUAUCGGGUGCGCCAUUCGAGACCAUGGAAAGAAUGUCCAUCAAAGGAACUCUUUACAAGCUACAGCCCAAGUUUCUAAAGGUGUAGCAGUGCUACAUACAGAAGUGAAAGCUACACACUUGACAGAUACAACAAACAAAGAAAGUUCCUUAUCAUAUGGGGUUGACGAUACAUCCGAAAGUGUGGAUGCAACUGUAAUUAUUUCAGACCUAGGUGACAUUAAUACCGCAACAAUACCUAACAAUAGCAUACGUACAAUUGUCGAAAAUUACAAUGUCAACAAAUCUACAUCCUCUGAAAACACUUGUAGCGACAACUAUUCCAGAAAUAAAAUAGCCCUAGAUGGAAUCAUUACAAAACAGAGAUUAGACACUUUUAAAAAGAGCUAUGGAAAACAAGGUGGUGCCAUCAAGAAACAACGAAAGCUGUUAAACAGAACACAUCUCAUGAUGUUGACAGUGACACUUGUCUUUUUUCUGGGUUUUCUCCCCUACCUUGGUUUAAAUGUGCUUCUUGUUGUAUCCCCAGAGACAGUGGCCUCACUCAAAGGAUGGUCCUUGGUCAUGUAUCAGUUUUUUUUAGAUUCCUGUUUUGUAAACUGUGCUGCUAAUCCAGUCAUCUACAGUCUGCUAGUUCAAAAGUUUAAAAAUAUUUGCAUUAACAUGUUUAAAAACAAGCAUUAAGUAUACACAGUCAUGCACAAAAUAGUUUUUAAAAAAUGUAAUCAAAGAUCUUUUAGGCACAUACCUCUCACUUGUGCACAGGUCAAGAAAUCACUGAAAGUAUCAAAUGUAUUUACAUGAAAUUUCAUAGACACGACUCAUUUCUCCUCUCAGGCGCUCAGUAAGACCCGGUUUUGACUGGGAUAUUCUUUACGAACUCGGCUAUUCGCGAAAAAGCGCAAUUUGUUUUAUUUAACCUUUGUGUUUUAUUUUCGCUAUUUCCCCCCCAAAAUGCCAUAGUGUUAAAAUAAAAAAACGAAUCAAGAUUUUUGUAUUUUUAAUCCUAUUUUUGUUCUUUAUCCCUAAGUCAUUUCCACCACUAGCAUCCAACAGACUGAUAUAUCCGUAACAAAACUUUUAUUUAAUUCCUACGUUCGUGGACACUAAGACCUAAAUAAAUUUCUGGGUAGAUGGGCUCAAAACUCAAAUACAUAGGUUGGCAAGGAUCUCGAAAUCGUGUCUAACGAUUUUCCUGUAUAUAUAUAUAUAUAUAUAUAUAUAUAUAUAUAUAUAUAUAUAUAUAUAUAUAUAUAGAGAGAGAGAGAGAGAGAGAGAUA